UCUAAAUUCAUACUGACAAUGCCUUUUCACUUCCGCUGACAUAUCUGAUAGCCAACUAAUUGUCACUGAAGGAAACAUUUCCGAGCGAUGACAAUGUUGGGCAUGUAUGUGCCAGACAGAUUUUCUCUGAAGUCGUCAAAGGUCCAGGAUGGAAUCGGUCUAUACACGGCGAGGCGAGUCAAAAAGGGAGAAAAGUUUGGCCCCUUUGCUGGUGAGAAAAAGCUGCCCAGUGAGUUGGAUGAAAGCUCGGACACCAGGCUGAUGUGGGAGGUCCGUGGCAGUAAAGGAGAUGUUCUGUAUAUUCUGGAUGCGAGCAAUCCCCGCUAUGCCAACUGGCUGCGGUUUGUCCAUCAGGCGCCUUCGCAGGAGCAGAAGAACUUGGCAGCCAUUCAGGACGGGGAGAACAUCUUCUACCUGGCUGUGGAUGACAUAGAGACAGACACGGAGCUCCUGAUAGGCUACCUGGACAGUGAUAUGGAAGAGGAGGAAGAAGAAGAGGAAGAGGAUAUUAAAGAUGAAGAUGAGAACAGUAAAGAGGCCAAGCACCUUGUAGAAAUGGAACUAGUAAUAAAGAAGGAGGACCACCCCUGCUUGCUGUGUGAGAGCAGUUUUCCGAGUGAAGAGAUCCUGGCUGCCCACCUCCAGAGUCUGCACCAGAGGCCCAGCACAGAGGAGAAGGAGUUCAAAUGCAGGAACUGUGGCAAAAAGUUUCCCAUCAAACAGGCUCUGCAGCGCCAUGUUUUGCAUUGUUCUGAGUCACUAGACCCAUCAGCUGACUCCAAAGCCCACCAGUGCUCCCUGUGUCAUUACACAUUCAGCUCAGAGUCCAGUUUUGAACAACAUAAGGAAGCCUGUAAAGGAGAUGCCAGGUUUAUAUGUAAAGCCGAGAGCUGCGGCAAAAGAUUUAAGAGCAAAGACGCUCUGAAGAAGCAUAAAGGAAAUGUUCACACAGGGAGUGCACGACGGAAACUCACAUGCACCAUAUGCAACAGAAAAUGCUCCUCUUCCCUGAAUUUACAAGAACACAGGAAGAUACACGAAAUAUUUGAAUGCCACGCAUGUGACAAAAAGUUCAUCUCUACAAAUCAGCUGAAACGCCACAUGAUAACACACUCAGAGAAGCGACCGUACACCUGUGAGAUCUGCAGUCGGUCAUUCAAGCGUUUGGACCAGGUGACGGCUCAUAAGAUCAUCCACAGCGAGGACAAACCGUACAAAUGUAAGCUGUGUGGGAAGGAGUUUGCACACCGCAAUGUCUACAAGAAUCACAAGAAGACGCACUCUGAGGAAAGGCCUUUCCAGUGUGAGGAAUGCAAAGCGCUGUUCCGCACCCCCUUCUCUUUACAGCGUCAUCUUCUCAUCCACAAUAGUGAGAGAACAUUCAAGUGUGACCAGUGUGACGCCACCUUCAAGAGGAAGGACACGCUCAACGUCCACAUCCAGGUGGUGCACGACGGCCACAAGAAGUACAAGUGCGACCUGUGCGAGAAGGCUUUUGUCACUCCUUCUGUCCUCAAGAGCCACAAGAAGACACACACGGGGGAGAAGGAGAAGAUCUGCCCAUACUGCGGGCAAAAGUUCGCCAGCAACGGCACGCUAAGGGUCCACAUCCGCAGCCAUACAGGUGAGCGCCCAUAUCAGUGUCCUUACUGUGACAAAGCAUUUAGCAAGAACGAUGGCCUGAAGAUGCACAUCCGCACACACACUCGUGAGAAGCCGUAUAAAUGCAGUGAGUGCAACAAGGCCUUCAGUCAGAAACGAGGACUGGACGAGCACAUGAGGACUCACACAGGAGAGAAGCCUUUUCAAUGUGAUGUCUGCGACCUUUCAUUCAGCUUGAAGAAGAUGCUCAGCAGGCACAAGCUGACGCACAACCCCAACCGACCGAUGGCAGAGUGCCAGCUGUGCCACAAGAAGUUCACCAGGAACGACUACCUCAAAGUCCAUAUGGAGAAUGUCCACGGGGAAACGGAGAGUUAGAGCCAAUUAAGGAAGCACUGGCUAAAAACGAGAUCUUAUUCUUCAGAUAAACUUCAGUCUUGUGCUCUAAGAUGAUAUGCAGAUAGAAAGAUAGCAGAAAUGUUGCUAAUAAUGAUACAUGCAUGUAGGACAUGGAAAAGAUUA